AUGGGAGGAGGUGUACAACAGACAGGUGAAAAUCAGCUGGUUUCUGGGGGACUCCACUUCUCCCAGACACAGGAGCUCAUCAGUGAGAUCACCAGCAGAGACAACUUUAUCAGGAAAAUGGAUGGUAUUGACUGGUUAAAGUCUUACCUGGGUAAAUGUACCUACACUGACUGUGCCCUGGACAAGAUGACCGAGGAGAUGCAGCGCCACGACCUCCGGGGACACAACUCUGUCCGCUUCGCUGUGGUGGUCACUGACGGCCACGUGACUGGCGCCCCCUGUGGGGGGAUCAAGGUAUCUGCAGAACGGGCUAGAGACCAGCGCAUCAGCCUGUUCUCAGUAGCUGCCUCCAAGGUGGUGGAGGAAGCAGGGAUGGAGCUGAUCGCUAGCUCGCCUGCGGGGGUCUACCGUUCCAACUACAUGGCUGUCAAUGUCACAGACCUUAACACCUGUCACAGUCCACCAUGUGACGCCCCCACUGGGAGAAUAGUCACAUCGUCCAUCAACCAAAUGAUCAACGCUAUGAAAUAUCAAGCCUAUUUGCAGUGCUCCAAACUCCAGUGUCUGGAGCUUCCAGGCCCCCCUGGUCUGAAGGGAAACCCAGGACUAAAAGGAACGAAAGGAGGAGUUGGUCUUGCUGGCGCUAAAGGGACCAAGGGCAAACAGGGGGACUCUGGUAUUGAAGGUGCAAUCGGUCCCGCAGGUCACAAGGGUGCGAUUGGUCUGAAAGGUGAAAAGGGUGAAUAUGGAUCAGAUGGAACCAAGGGCGCGUCAGGAGGACACGGCAGGAAUGGAACGGAUGGGCAGAAGGUAAGAGAACAUCAGAGCCCUGAGACUGAAACAGGAGCCAAGGGGAGCCCUGAGACUGAAACAGGAGCCCUGAGACGUGCCAAUGGGAGCCCUGAGACUGGAGACCCUGGUCAUAGUGCUAAGCCAGGUCCCACUGGCCCUCUUGGAGAAGCUGGACCACCGAGUUAUCCAGGAAGUCCUGGGAUUCCAGGCUCACCAGGAAGGAAGGGAAUAGCAGGACUCAACGGUGAACCGGGACCAAAAAGCCAACCUGGGCGACCAGGAGACCCUGGACUUAAGGGACUUAACGGACCAGGCGGACCUAAAGGAGGCAAGGGUGAACCUGGUCUACAGGGGAAGCCAGGUCUUCAUGGGGAUCUCGGCCCCAAAGGAUCCAAGGGAGGUCCAGGGCUGCCCGGUCCAAGAGGACAUCAAGGAGAUAAUGGGCCAGAUGGACAGAUCGGAACUGCUGGAGAGCCUGGUGAUCCUGGACAGACUGGACCCCAUGGAGAUCGUGGACCAAAGGGUGACAAAGGAAGAGAUGGGUUCAACUAUCCGGGACUAAGAGGAGAAACGGGAGCUAUAGGGGACAAUGGACGUCCAGGCCCUUGGGGAAGCAGAGGCAAUUGUGGUAACAAAGGAGAGGCUGGGAUGAAAGGUCCAAACGGUGAACCGGGACAUCCAGGUCAACAGGGAGUGAAUGGGAGGAGAGGAUCCAGAGGAGGCCCUGGAGCUCCUGGUAAUCCUGGACCAGAGGGAGACCCUGGCCUUUCUGACUGUGAUGUUAUGAGCUACAUCAGAGAGACAUGUGGUUGUUGUGACUGUGAGAAGAGAUGCGGGGCGCUGGACAUUGUGUUUGUGAUUGACAGCUCAGAGUCAGUGGGUCUGACCAACUUCACCCUGGAGAAGAACUUUGUCAUCAACACCAUCAACAGGCUGGGAUCCAUGGCAACACACCCACAUUCAGAGACAGGAACCAGGGUUGGUGUUGUGCAGUACAGUCACAACGGGACAUUCGAGGCCAUCCGACUUAACGACUCCAACAUAGACUCCAUCUCUGCCUUCAAGGUGGCUGUGAAGAACCUCCAGUGGAUAGCUGGGGGCACCUGGACUCCCUCCGCUCUGAAGUUUGCCUAUGACCACCUGAUCAGGGACAGCCGGCGGACCAGAGCCAAGGUGUCUGUCGUGGUCAUCACGGACGGACGCUUCGACCCGCGGGAUGAUGACUCUCUGCUGACCUACCUCUGCAACGACCCCAGCGUGGACGUGAACGCCAUCGGGGUCGGGGAUAUGUUCGGCCGGGAGGGACAGCACGAGAGCCUCGAGUCCAUCGCAUGCCAGAGGCAUGAUCGCGUGACGGGGAUGACACGUUUCGCUGACCUGGUGGCGGAUAACUUUAUAGACAGGAUGGAGUCGGUGCUCUGCCCCGAGCCCGUUAUUGUUUGCCCUGACUUGCCCUGCGUAACAGAACCAGAGGUGGCACAGUGUAUUGACAGACCUGUUGAUCUGGUGUUUCUUCUGGACGGUUCUGAACGUCUUGGUUAUGAGAACUUCAACCAAGUCCGUGACUUCGUCCAGCACUUGGCGAACCACUUGACGCUGGCGCAGGACAAGAACGAUCGCCAGGGAGCCCGCAUGGCGCUGCUACAGUACGGAGGAGAAGCUGAGCAUCACCUGGCCUUUCACAUGACCCACGACCUUCCGUCCAUCCUAGAGGGUCUGGCCAGCAUGGACUAUCAUGACAUGUCUUCUUCUAUGGUGGGGGCGGCCAUCUCACACACCGUAGACCACGUCCUGACGCGGCUCAACGUCCGCCAGACCAGACGCCACGCCGAGCUCAACUUCGUCUUCAUCACUGACGGCGUCACCGGGAUGAAGGGGCUGGACGAGGGGGUCGACGCCAUGCGAAACAACCAGGCAGUCUCCACGGUGAUCGCCAUGGGGACCGACGUGGAACAGGAAGUGUUGGAGAAGCUGGCCUUAAAGGACCAGUACGCCAUCUUUAAAGGAACAGACUUCUAUGAUCUCAACAAACACAGCUUCCUAGAUCGGUUCCAUAAAUGGGUCUGUUAAAGGGGACAUUUUGAUUUGGACUUUUCACGUUUAUGGAUUUUCACGGUAUUAAAAUGAUUGAGGUCAAGUUAAUGUUGAUAAUUAAUGGAUUAGGGUUAGUUUGAGGGUCAGGGUGUAAAGGUCAGGGUGUAAAGGUUGUUUAAGGGUUAGUGUAAGGGUGUACAUUUCCCUCAUUGAGAUCAUACAUGUCUGCAUUGAUUUACCAUCAAGUGAAACCUCAAGCAAGAGUCAAUACAAGAUCAGUCACAGGGCUGUUUGUUUGUGUUUCAAUGGAUUUUGCAGAAUAUUGUAUUAAUUACGUACAAACUGGAUGUCUUAUAAGAAUUCAUUAAAGAAAUGUAAGUAGUGUUCAGCAAACAUA